UCUCCCGGCACGGCGCGCGCGGCGCUGGGGCGGGGCCUGGGUGAGCUCUGCGCGCGCGGAAGGAUCCGGCGGGCGAAAAAUGGAUGAUGAUGRUGAUGAUGACGUUCCCCAGCUCUCAUCCCAUACGUUGGCUGCCCUCCAGGAGUUCUAUUUGGAACAGCAGCAGAAAGAGGGCAUGAAGACUUGCCAGAGGUUUAAUAAAUAUUCCAUUGGCUCAAUAGAAGAAGACUGGCAAUUGAGCCAGUUUUGGUACAAUGAUGAAACUGCAUCGUGUCUGGCUAAGGAAGCAGUUUUGGCAGCUGGAAAAGGUGGCAGGAUAGCAUGCAUUAGUUCACCAAGUGUGUACCAGAAACUGAAAGAAGAGGAUAUUGAAGAUUUUUCUGUGUGUAUACUGGAGUAUGACAGAAGGUUUUCUGUGUAUGGAGAAGAAUUUGUCUUCUAUGAUUACAACCACCCUUUGGACUUACCUGAAAAUCUCCUGCCACACAGUUUUGACAUCGUAAUAGCAGACCCACCCUAUUUGUCUGAAGAAUGUCUUCAGAAGACUGCAGAGACCAUCAAAUAUCUAACAAAAGGAAAGAUUCUGCUUUGCACAGGUGCAGUCAUGGAGGAASAGGCAGCAAAGCAGCUUGGUGUGAAGAUGUGCAAAUUUAUUCCAAAACACUCACGAAAUUUAGCCAAUGAAUUUCGAUGUUAUGUGAACUAUGCUUCUGGACUGGACUGAUUCUCCUAAGAUCAUUUACAAAUCUACAACCUUUUCAGUAGAGCUUCUUACUGUUUUUUAUCAGUUACUCCACGUUUCUCAGUGCUGAAAUACUCGGCCCUAAGUACUGUUUUCUGGGAUAGCUGGAAUCAACACAGUUUGAUAGCCUGUUUUAAAUGAGUAAGCAUUUGCAAUUACUGUGUUUUUUAUUAGGUAAAUGUGGGCCAAGCAGUGCAGGUGCUGGAUAAUGGGAACUUCUCUGUUAGUUUCAUUUAAAAUGGUAGCUUUUACCRUUUGAGGACACAUCAGUGACCUCUUUGAAGUGAUUUUAGCUUAUAACAACAUAGGUGUUUGCCUUGCAGGCAUCAGAAUCAUCAUUGCCUAAGAACUGGAUACUUCUGUAGUAACAUGACCCAUACAUGUCCUUUAGAUCUUGAAUCAUAAUAUCUCUGAUUAAAUAUAGUGCCUGCUUUUUAGUAAUUUCAAUAUCAAACUAAAGAUGGUCUACAGGUAUGUCAAAUUUAUAGUUACAAGAAUGAUUAUGUUUUUUUCCAGUUGCCUGGUUUUAUCUUUUUCUCCUGUUCCACAGAAAGCAGCAGGGCAACAGAAUAGAAGCAUCUUAAAAAUCAUUGAAUCUUACAAGGUCACUGAGGAAUAACAUACUGAUAAAUUCCCACUGUUUCAAAUAGAACAAUGUUACAUUUUAUAAUCAGGUUUUGGACUAUAUUUCAGUCAAAAUAGAUGAUACAUUGGAAAAAACUAUGGGUAAGCUGAGAUUUUUGGUAACUGGGAAUUUAAAAGCUGGGUUUGACUAAUCUUUGGACUACACUGCUGAAGUAUUUUUGGGUAGAAGUUGGUUCAUAAAUUUCAAGGCCCUCAACAGUUUUGUAAUCUCUAAAUACACUCUACAAAACACAAGUACUUUUCUUUGUGUGUCAUAUGGUGUAAAGGCUAACAGAAAUGCUACAUCUACAAAAGGAAUCACCUAAAAUGAAAUACUAAAUCUAUUUUGUCGUGGGAAUAAAUCUAAUUUGCUUGUGAGAUGAGUUUUUUUGUUAAGGUAGAGAUAAUACUCAUGUUUCUGUGUAUUUCUSCUGUUUGGAUGCAGAUUUUCCCAUGUAGUGGGGUGAGCAGAAAUAAUGUAGAUGGGUUAUAAUCCUCACAGUACUCAGAGAAUGGUGCUGUCUGACCUGGACACAGCAGUGUUUCAUCAAUACCUGCUCAAGCCACUGUAACUCUCUUCCCCAUUUUCCAAGAGAUCUGUUUGCUUCCUAGGGCUUUUCCCUCCUCACAUUUUAUACCUGCUGGUUCAUCCCUGCAUGUAGUGUUCCUGGAUUCCAUGUAAUAGUUUCCUYCCUCUUUCACAUGCCUUGGUUACUGUCAGACUGGUCACAGGUGUUAAAACCAGGGAAGUGCAGCAGAGGAAGGGCUCACAGGGAGAACAGGCAUUGGCUUCUCCUGAUGAGUUCUCUAUGAGCCCAGGGCCCAUAAAGUCUCGCCUUUCAAAGCAGGUGCCAUCCUUGCUGCUGAGCCAGAAUUCCCCUGAAAAUGACUGUCCACAGGUGAAAUACAGCUGGGUUUAGUUGUUUUCCAGGAGGCUACACUAGCACUUUUAUGUGGCCAGUUUAAAAAUAAAGCAAACCAGAAUGUUAACUGCACAGCUGUU